UAACAACUUUGUGAUUCGAUUCGAGUACCGUUCCUGUCCACCGGAUAGGCCCGCUAUCAGUAAUUAUCUGAGGUUAUCCGGCUUUCUUUUGCCCAUUGUCAACAUCUCGCAAAAUGUCGACAGAACCAAUUCCUGACGACGUCGAGGAUGCUCCUGUCGCUGGAUCUCCUGUUACAUCGAUCAAGGGCCCUCUAGCGUUGCCGGCCUUGAUUUUCGGUGCUGGGUCGCUCUCGAACCAAUAUAAUACGGAUGAACACCUUGAGAGCUAUGUUCCGCUGAGGGCCAUCCGGCUUGCUCUUCGCUAUGGCAUACACGCCUUUGACACUUCCAUCUAUUACGGCCCUUCGGAAAUAGUACUUGGAAAAGCUUUGCAGGCUAUCAAAGACGAGUUUCCUCGUUCGUCGUACAAAUUAAUGACAAAAUGUGGUCGAAUCAAUGCUACUGACUUUGACUAUACACCGGGACACAUACGAAACAGCGUACAGCGUAGUCUUGAGCGCCUUCAAACACAUUAUCUCGAUACCGUCUACCUUCAUGACACUGAAUUUGUCUGCACACCCGUUAUGCCGACAGAAACUGGGUAUCACGCAACAGCGUUGGAGGAAGCACGGGAAGCGUAUGGUCUUGCAGAGGGGCAAGAGAGCACUGUGCGGGGUGAAGGCGACCAGAAGAUUUUAGAUGCAUUCGCUGAACUGUCAAAGAUGAAAGAAGAGGGCUUGAUCAAGCAUAUAGGAAUAACAGGCUAUCCACUUCCCGUUCUCCUUCGUCUUGCUCUGUUGAUUCUUCACAACCCACCCUACAAGCCCGUCGAUGUUGUUUUAUCAUACUCCCAUCUCACACUUCAGGAUUCGACAUUUCUCAAGUUCGUGCCCCAUCUCCGCGAGCGCGCCAAGGUGGAACAAUUGGUAGUCGCGUCGCCAUUCAGCAUGGGUCUUCUCACCUCUCGCCCUCCUCCACCAUGGCAUCCGUCGCCAGAGGCAAUGCGAAAGGUGACGGCUGAUGCACGGGAAGCUGUCGGUGAUUUACCAGACCUUGCGCUGCGCUACUCAAUGCGCAAGUGCGGUGCAGAGUUCCCUCUCGUGGUCGGAUUCAGUAAUCCACAGGAGGUGCAUGCUAGUGCUAGGGUAUGGCGUCAGGCAAGGGAAGAAGCAGACGACAGUGAUCGAUUAGAACGAGAGGAACGUGCCCGAGAAAUAUUUCAGCAGGCCGGAUAUUUGGAUUGGUCUUGGGCUUCUCCAUGAUGUUGGUUGCUAGCAGACAACAAUCUAUUGAGAUACAUAC